UACACAUGUUAUGCAAAUGUUGGUUGGUAUAUUCAAUGGAGUGGGAUAAUUUAAAUUUUGCUUUGACCUUUAUUAGAUUCUCCUUUUUUUUCAUUUGUUUAGGCCUUGCCUUCCAAUUCCUUUUUAUUUUUGGGGGCGGAAGGAAUUGAAAUGCCCUUUUACAGAAUUCUUAGAAUGGGUUGUGGCGUUUCCAAAAUAGAUGCCAAUGGCGUCGCCACACCUAACAGAUCAAUUCUCCCUAAUUUCCCCACUAGAAAGAAGCAAUCAACCAAAUUCAUCCCUCCAAAGAAAGAACCAAUGUUGUUGAUGCCUGAAAAUGAUGAUAGACCUUCAAUUUCUGUUCCAAAAUGUGAUGUUAAUAAUUUGAAUUGUGUCAACCCCGAGGCAUCUAAAGAAGAAAAUGACGAAAAAAGGGUGGCGAAAAUAAAGACAAUGGUUGAGGAGGCGGAGAAACAUGAUGAAAGGGGUAGACUACAUGAAGAUGAAGGAGAGGGGUCGGAGGAGGAGGAUGGUAAUGACGAUGAUCAAAGGGCGAUUAAUAAGGUUCGUGUUGGUGAGGAGGAUGAUAAUGAUUUCCCUAGUUCACCCAGUUUUAGGGUUUAUUUCACCGAUAAGGAUGUUGAAACAAACAACAAGGAUGACGGUUAUAACAAGGUUGGCUUGAAGGACGUUACCCCAGUUGCAACUACCAUAUCACCAACAAAGAAUUCGGAGUCGGAGUCGGAACCGUCGAUGGAAAAGGAAGAGAAGAAGGAAAUAAGAAAGAGGAGUACUUUUAGAAAUGUGCUACCAAAGAACUUGUUGAAUGUUCGAUCAUCAUCUAACUCUUCAACUCGAUCAACUCAUCAAUAUCAUCAUAAAGUAGCUUCUUGAUCUAUCAUAUGGCAUGCUGAAGGGGAAUUAUUAAAACACCUCUACACAUUGCUUUGUUUUGUUUCUCUUGUGCAUUCCUCCUCUUUUGACUCUCUAUGAAAUAAUAAUAAUAAUUUCUAUUAUAAAAGGGUUCAUUUAUUGUGAAUUUGAGAUAUAUAAUUGAAUUUAUUUGUAAACUAAAUAUUCUUCUGUGUAUUUUGUUUUAAUUUCCUUCCUCUGAUGUAUAUAUAUUUCUAGUUGUUUAGCUAGAACGUUCAAUGUAAUAUAUAUUUAUCAUUUUGGUAUAAGAGUAGUAUUCUAUA